AUGGCCGCCGCCGGUCUCCGGGGGCCACUGUAUGAAGCCCUCUGCAUGCAACUGCUGCUGACCCUCUUGGUCUUCACUUUUGCUGGUGAAGCCUGCAAAAGGGUGAUAUUUAAUGUACCCUCUAAGCUAGAGGCAGACAAAUUGAUUGGCAGAGUUGAUUUGAAGGAAUGUCUCAGGUCUGCAGACUCCAUCCAGUCAAAUGAUCCUGAUUUCAGAGUUCUGGAUGAUGGUUCCGUAUACACAGCCAGGGCCAUUGUGUUGUCUAGUGAGAAAAGAUCAUUCACCAUAGGACUUUCUGACAGGAAGACACAGACCCUGAAAGAGAUUUAUGUGCUCCUGGAACACCAGAAAAAGAUGUUGAAGAAAAGACACACUAAAGAAACUGUUCUCAGGAGAGCCAAGAGGAGAUGGGCACCUAUUCCUUGUUCAAUGCAAGAGAAUUCCCUGGGCCCCUUCCCUCUGUUUCUUCAACAAGUUCAAUCUGAUGCAGCACAGAAUUAUACCGUCUUCUACUCAAUAAGUGGGCGUGGAGUUGACCAAGAACCUUUAAAUUUGUUUUUCAUAGAAAGAGACACUGGAAAUUUGUAUUGCACCCGGCCCGUGGAUCGUGAGGAAUAUGAUGUCUUUGAUUUGAUUGCCUACGCAUCAACUGCAGAUGGGUACUCGGCGGAUUUACCUCUUCCACUACCCAUCAAAGUGGAGGAUGAAAAUGACAACCACCCUAUUUUCACAGAAACAAUUUAUAAUUUUGAAGUUCCAGAAAGUAGUAGACUUGGUACAACAGUGGGAGUGGUAUGUGCCACAGACAGAGAUGAACCAGACACAAUGCACACACGUCUGAAGUACAGCAUUUUGGAGCAGAAUCCGAAAUCACCUGGGCUCUUUUCUGUGCAUCCCAGCACAGGUGUGAUCACCACAGUUUCUCACUACUUGGACAGAGAGGUUAUAGACAAGUACACAUUGAUAAUGAAAGUCCAAGACAUGGAUGGUCAAUUUUUUGGAUUGUCCAGUACAUCAACUUGUAUCAUAACAGUAAAAGAUUCAAAUGACAAUGCACCUACUUUCAGACAAAAUGCUUAUGAAGCAACAGUAGAUGAAAAUAUAUAUAAUGUGGAAAUCUUAAGAAUACCUAUAGAAGAUAAGGAUUCAAUUAAUACUGAAAAUUGGAGGGCUAAUUUUACCAUUUUAAAAGGAAAUGAAAAUGGUUACUUCAAAAUUAGCACAGACAAAGCAACUAAUGAAGGUGUUCUCUGUGUUGUAAAGCCACUGAAUUAUGAAGAAAAUCAUCAAAUGAUCUUAGAAAUUGGAGUAAACAAUGAAGUUCCAUUUAUUAGAGAUAUUGCAACCAGAGUACCCACCAUGAAUCGAGCUUUGGUUACUGUUCGAGUGAAGGAUCAGGAUGAAGGGCCUGAAUGUAACCCUCCAGCUCAGUAUGUGCGAAUUAAAGAAAACUCAGCAGCGGGGUUAAAGGUCAAUGGCUAUAAGGCAUAUGACCCUGAAACUAAAAAUAGCAAUGGCUUAAGAUACAAAAAAUUGCAUGAUCCUAAAGAAUGGAUCAGCAUAGAUGAAAUUUCGGGAUUAAUAACAGUUUCCAAAGUCCUGGACAGAGAAGUUAUGGCUCCCAGAAAUGAUGUUUAUAAUGUUACAGUCCUGGCAAUAGACCAAGAUGGCAGAUCAUGUACUGGAACUCUUGCAGUGAACAUUGAAGAUGUGAAUGACAACCCUCCCCAGUUACUCCAAGAUUACCUUGUAGUUUGCAAACCAAAGAUGACAUACGUUGACAUUUCAGCCAUCGAUCUUGAUGAACCUGUCCAUGGAGCUCCAUUUCAUUUCAGCUUGGCAAACACCUCUCCAGAAGUCAAUAGAAUAUGGACCAUCAACAAAGUUAAUGAUACAGCUGCCCGUCUGUCAUACCGGAAAAAUGCUGAACUUCAAAAAUAUAUCAUUCCUAUUACUGUGAAAGACAGAGCGGGCCAAUCUGCAACCCGAAACUUGCGAGUUGAUCUCUGUGACUGUACUCACCCCAGUCAGUGUGUCUCAACUUCAAGAAGUGCAGACGUGUCACUUGGAAAAUGGGCCAUCCUUGCAAUAUUACUGGGCAUAGCACUACUGUUUUCUGUAUUGCUGACUUUAGUAUGUGGAGUUGUUAGUGCCAGAAAAGGGAAAAGUUUCCCUGAAGAUUUAGCACAGCAGAACUUAAUUAUAUCGAACACAGAAGCACCUGGAGAUGAUAGAGUGUGUUCUGCUAAUGGAUUCACAGCCCAGACUGCCAACAACUCUAGUCACGGCUUUUGUGGCACCUUGGGAUCUGGAAUCAGAAAUGGAGGGCAGGAAACUAUCGAAAUGGUGAAAGGACACCAGACCCUGGACUCCUGCCGGGGGGCUGGGCAUCAUCACACACUGGAUUCCUGCAGGGGAGGACAUGUGGAUGUGGACAACUGCAGAUACACUUACUCCGAGUGGCACAAUUUCACUCAGCCCCGACUUGGAGAAAAGUUGCAUGUGUGCAAUCAGAAUGAAGACCACAUGCCAUCGCAAGACUAUGUCCUCACAUAUAACUACGAAGGAAGGGGAUCUCCAGCUGGUUCUGUAGGUUGCUGCAGUGAAAAACAGGAAGACGAUGGACUUGACUUUCUAAAUAAUUUGGAACCCAAAUUUCUUACAUUAGCAGAAGCAUGCACGAAGAGAUAA